CCGGACCAUUUGAGCUCAGCGUGGCCCGAUGCGCCUCCGCUGCGCUUCAUGGAUGCUUCGGUAGUAGAGCAUCCUCAUCCCUGCCCCGCUCGGAGGAGAGCACACUGAAGCAGUAACGGGACGUGUGGAGGCAUCUAUUUGCAGUCUAUUUAGUGUAACAGGUAGAGGGUUGCCAUGGCAAACAGAGGGCCCAGUUAUGGACUGAGUAAAGAAGUGCAGGAGAAAAUUGACCAGAAGUAUGAUCCCGACUUAGAGCAGAAGCUGGUGGAUUGGAUCGUGGCUCAGUGUGGGGGGAACCUGGACAAGCCACAGGCAGGCAAACAGAACUUCCAAAAAUGGCUGAUGGAUGGAACAAUCCUCUGCAGACUCAUCAACAGCCUUUAUCCGAGAGGAAAGGAGCCCAUCAAAAAGAUCCCAGAGACACAGAUGGCUUUCAAGCAAAUGGAGAAAAUAUCACAGUUCCUCCAGGCCGCUGAAGCUUAUGGUGUGACCACAACAGACAUCUUUCAAACUGUGGAUCUAUGGGAAGGAAAGGAUAUGGCCGCAGUGCAAAGGACACUAAUGGCACUUGGGAGUUUGGCUGUGACCAAAGACGAUGGAUAUUACAAAGGAGAUCACGACUGGUUUCACAAGAAAUCCCAAGGCUACAGACGAGAGUUCACAGAGGAGCAGCUACGCCAGGGCCAGAGCUUGAUUGGGCUGCAGAUGGGGAGUAACCGUGGUGCUUCUCAGUCUGGUAUGACAGGCUAUGGUAUGCAUCGUCAGAUAAUGUAGACUUAAGACCACUCUGACUACCUAACCUUAUUUAACAACUGCUCUGCUUGUAGCUCUUAUUUUUACUAAUACCACAAGUGUUGUAGCCCCAAAGCCUUCCUCUUGCUAUGCUAACCUCAACUUCCCUGGAAUUGCUGCUUUUUUAAACAAAAUAUUUUAAAUGAUGUCAGAUUAUUAACACCAAUCAGUGCUGUUCACUGUUAAUUUCUUGCCUAGUUUACUCACAGGUACACCAAGAUUUCCAAAUAACAGUCUUGUAAAAGCCAUAGCAUGCUUUGUGUGUCAUGGUAGAUGUUAAUAUACAAAUAUUUAACAUCACACAUCCGAAUAAUACAGUUAACCCAGUGAAUGAUAUUGCUAUCUUGUCUGAAAACCUCACAUGUUGCUUGGUUAUGACGACAACACAUGGGUGCUAAUCAAUUAACUUCACACAAAACUAAUUAAUUUUACAUUGGUGCACUGUUGUUUUUGUUAUAUUUUGUUUAUAAUGUUUUAUUUAUUUAUGUACAGUAGCCAAGAUGAUGUAUUAAUAGGUGACAUUUGGAAAGUAAGAUAUUGCUUGAAUGUGCGCUAAUGUGUCUUAUUUGGUAUAUUUUGGAAUACAUCUCUUAAUGUCUGUGGUCACUCUGACUGUUAAUGAAAAUGAAAUUAAAUGCCAGUCCA